AUAUCAUUCGAGUCUAGUCCUCGUAACGGUACGCACCACGUAAUAAUUAUUAUACCAUGCCGCCCAAGACAAGCGGGAAAGCCGCUAAGAAAUCUGGCAAAGCCCAGAAGAACAUCUCUAAGUCGGACAAAAAGAAGAAGAAGCACAAGAGGAAGGAGAGUUACGCCAUCUAUAUCUAUAAAGUUCUCAAGCAAGUCCAUCCCGAUACCGGUAUCUCGAGCAAGGCCAUGUCUAUCAUGAACUCUUUCGUGAACGACAUCUUCGAACGCAUCGCCGCCGAAGCUUCGCGUCUCGCUCACUACAACAAGAGAUCCACGAUCACCUCGAGGGAGGUCCAGACCUCCGUGAGGCUGCUCCUGCCCGGCGAGCUCGCUAAGCACGCCGUCAGUGAAGGAACAAAGGCCGUCACGAAGUACACGAGCUCCAAGUGAACGCGCUAAAAACUUGAAAAGAGCAGCGCAUGAUAUAAUUAUCGUGUGCCUGCUUAGACAAAAAAAAAAAGGCCCUUUUCAGGGCCACUAAAGAUUUCAUAAAUGUGUUACUGAUUUAAUGUUUCUCUUCGAAUCGACGACGUCAAUAACUACUAUAAUAUUCACUCAAUUUGCGUUUACAUACAUAAUACAUAAUAAAUGAAUAAAAUAUAUAAACAUAAACAACGUAUGUAUGUGUAUAUAUAUAUAUAUUCUUAAAUUUAUUAUAUAAUUAUAAUCUUUUAAUAUGUUUUUUAAACGACAGUCGUAUUGUGUCGCACGCAGACGUUGGGCGACAUAAUGACAAUGAUACAAACGAUCGUUUUAUUUACAUUAUUAUUGCGCUUCUCUCUUAUUAUUAAUGACUAGCUACA